CCUUAGUAGUACAGCCUGCUCUGGCCUGCUCUAUUGUCCUGAGAAUCGCUCAUCCGCUUGUAGGGAAUCAAAUAAUUAUCCUGGCAUCAGAUCUUUCGUCAUUCCGGGUGUCUAUCGAGUCCUGGUCUGUUUGCAUCUUCAUUUGUACUCUGCAUUUCAAUCCUACUUGCUUCACUCUCCUGUGCUUGACUUCAUUCAUCGCUCUUCUCCCGGGGCACAAGUACAACUUGGUCCCAGAAGCUCGUAAUCUUCAGGACCGAUGCGCAAGCAACUCGAUCCUCGUCUUCCGAUAUUGAUCAAUAACAAUGUCAAGACGAACCACCGCUCCUUCAUAGUCCUAGUUGGUGACAAGGGCAGGGAUCAGAUUGUGAACCUACAUUUUCUACUCUCCCAAGCUCGUGUGUCUGCGAGACCGUCAGUACUGUGGUGUUAUAAGAAGGAUCUCGGCUUUACGAGUCAUCGGAAGAAACGCGAGGCCAAAAUCAAGCGGGAGGUGAAGCGUGGAUUCCGUGAGCCGAAUGAGCAGGAUCCAUUUGAGAUCUUCAUUACCGUAACCGACAUUCGCUAUACGUACUAUAAAGAAUCGCACAAGAUACUUGGUCACACGUAUGGAAUGUGCGUGCUACAAGACUUCGAAGCUAUUACUCCUAACCUACUUGCGCGCACGCUCGAGACGGUGGAAGGUGGAGGAUUGGUUGUCAUUUUAUUGAAAACCAUGAGUUCUCUGCGACAAUUAUAUACGAUGACCAUGGAUGUGCAUGCUCGAUACCGUACCUCCGCACAUGAUACCGUCGUCGCGCGCUUCAACGAACGCUUCAUCCUCUCCCUCGGCUCCUGCGACGACUGCCUUGUGCUCGACGACGAGCUCAACGUUCUUCCCAUAUCCCGUGCCAAGGACAUCAAGCCGAUCACUGAGGAGCGCGGCUUGGGGAAGGCUGAAUCUGAGCUGAAGGAACUCCAGGACAGUUUAUCCGACACGAAGCCUGUCGGCGAGCUCGUCAAGCUUGCCAAGACGCUUGAUCAGGCGCAAGCAAUCCUCACGUUCAUCGAUGCCAUUGCAGAAAAGACACUAUCAUCAACAGUCACUUUGACAGCGGCGAGGGGACGAGGGAAGUCGGCGGCGUUGGGCCUCGCGAUCGCCGCCGCGCUAGCGCAUGGAUACUCAAAUAUAUUCGUCACGAGUCCAAGCCCGGAGAACUUGAAGACCUUGUUUGAAUUCGUAUUCAAGGGUAUGGAUGCACUUGGAUACGAAGAGCACCUCGAUUACGAUAUCGCACAAAGCACGAACCCGGACUUCAACAAGGCCAUCGUCCGGGUGAAUGUCUUCCGUCAGCAUCGGCAGACCAUCCAGUACAUUCAACCACAAGAUGCUCAUGUCCUGGGCCAGGCGGAGCUCGUCAUCAUCGACGAGGCCGCCGCGAUACCCCUUCCCCUCGUGCGCAACCUCAUCGGGCCCUACCUCGUCUUCAUGGCCUCCACCAUCAACGGCUACGAAGGCACGGGCCGCUCGCUUUCAAUCAAACUAAUCCAGCAACUCCGCGAGAGCACCCGUCCAUCGCUCACAAAAGACGCCGUCGCGUCGGAAGAGGCCGCCGUCGCUUCCUCGUCCUCAAAGAAGCCUGUCGCCAAGGCACCGCCGAAAGCACGCACACUGCGCGAGAUCAAGCUGGAGACCCCUAUCCGGUACUCCGCGGGUGACAAGGUGGAGAGGUGGCUCAACAGCUUACUGUGUCUCGACGCGGCAAUCGUACCGAAAUCGAUCAUGCACAAUACGCCGCAUCCGUCGCAGUGCGAGUUGUUCUACGUGUCGAGAGAUACACUGUUCAGCUACCACCCUGCAUCUGAGGUUUUCUUGCAGCGCAUGAUGGCGCUGUAUGUCGCUAGCCACUACAAAAACCAGCCGAAUGACCUGCAGCUACUGUCAGACGCCCCUGCACAUCAUCUCUUUGUGCUUCUGCCACCGAUUAAGGAUGAUGAGAGCCAUCUGCCGGAGCCUCUCGUUGUGCUGCAGGUCGCGCUAGAAGGAAAUAUUAGCAGACAAGCCAUCAUGGACGGGCUGAACCGUGGCUUCAGAGCUGGUGGGGAUAUGAUUCCUUGGCUGAUUUCGCAGCAGUUCCAAGAAAGCAAGUUUGCUCUGCUCUCCGGUGCACGUGUUGUUCGCAUUGCGACCCAUCCAGACUAUACGAAUAUGGGCUACGGUGCGCGUGCACUGCAAGCGCUGAACUCUUUCUAUAGUGGAGAGUACUUCAAUCUGGACGAGGACAACCGACCUCAGCCGUCAUAUCCGGAUCCGGCUGCCAUUGACGAAGGGACCACACUUCUUAAUGAUAAACCGACCAUUCGCUCUGCGACAGCAAUGCCCCCGUUGCUCCAACGGCUCACGGAGCGAAAACCGGAGACGCUUGACUAUCUGGGUGUUUCGUAUGGCUUGACGCCCCUGCUCCUCAGGUUCUGGAAACGGGCCGGUUACAUUCCCUUGUACCUCCGACAAACCACGAGCGAGCUAACCGGAGAGCAUACAUGCGUCAUGGUUCGCGGCCUGAACACAGCCACCGAUGCCGAGCUGGAGUGGCUAGGAGAGUUCGCGAAGGAUUUCCGGAGACGACUCCUGUCACUGUUGUCUUUCAAGUUCCGAGAGUUCGGCAGCGUGACAGCGCUCAGCAUACUCGAGGCAGCGAAUAAAGGCGUGAAGAAACUGCCCGCAGACCGAUUCAAGGAGCUCGACAACUCCGAGUUGUCGCUCCUUCUCUCUCCAUUUGACCUAAAGCGCUUGGAGUCGUAUGCCAACAAUAUGUUGGACUAUCACGUCAUUCUGGACUUACUACCCACCGUCGCCACUGUGUUCUUUGAGAAACGAUUUGGCGAUGAGGUCCACCUGAGUGCCUUGCAAAGCUCGAUUUUGCUCGCUCUUGGCCUUCAGCGGAAGACCGUCGAAGAAGUCGAGGCGGAAUUGCAGAUUCCGGUCUCCCAAAUCCUCGCCCUCUUUGUGAAGGUGGUCAAGAAGAUGAGCAAGCGGCUGCUCGACAUCCAAAAGUCAGCCAUCAGUGCCGAGAUGCCUGAGGAGCCUGCGGCCUCUCGCUUGGAUGGCACAGAGAACGGGACCAACUGGAAGCCCGUAGAGACAAGUUUGGAAGAUGAGCUGAAGGACGCGGGUAACGAGGUCACGGAGGCGCUGAGGGAGAAGCAGCGGGCUAUGAUCGACUCGCUGGACCUGAGCAAAUACGCCAUUGACGACAGCUCGGCGAGCUGGAGUGUGGCCGAGGCGCAGGUGGCGAAGCUGGCCAGCGGCGUCGGCGCGGCGAAGUCGACGGUAGUGAGUGUCAAGGCUACUGUUGUGGGCCAGAAGAGGAAGGAGGAUGUGAUGGUGAAGGAGAAUGGAGGGGAGAAGGAGAAAAGGGCGAAGAAGCGCUCGAAGACGUCGAAGCGGUGAACCACGAUACAUACUCGCAUUUCUUCGGAGGUUCUCUCCUAAGCUCUCGGAUUGUGUUACCCAUGCUUGUUUGCGUAUUAGAGGUAGUGAUG